GGAGCAGCCGCUGCCAGAGUUGAGUCAGUCUCAGUAGCGGCCAGGCCCCGCGCGCACGAGGUUGUCUGCUCCGCGCGCCCGGCCUCUGCGCAGCCCUACUCUCCCGCUCGGCCGCUCUUCUCCGCGAGUCGAGUCCGCCCCUCUCUCGGGCCCCCCAGCUCGUGGCCCUCAGGGCCCCUCUCUUUGUCGUCGUCGACCCCCUAGAACUCCCCGGUGCCCGCCUCUCCCCCCAAGGUCCCCGACACAUCCCCCGUGGCCUCCAGCGGCCACCGCGGCCACCUAGAGGACGCCGCCGGCGAGGCGCGCUGCUAACCUGUUGCAGGCCCACUCGCACUGCUUGUCGUCGCUCAGGAUGCGGCGGCCGGGCCACUAGUUGUGUCUGAGUGUGUGUGUGUUCGUGAACUUGUCUUUGGUGCGACUGACUGCUGUGCCGGCCGCAGGGCCCCGUGUGUUCCACCACCGCGUCGUUCCACAUCCACUUCGACGUUCACAUCCAGAUCGAGCAGGUGAAUUUCAACCCUCCCCCGCCUGGAGGACGCGGGUGACUUAGCCUCUGCCGAUGAUUAACUAUUCCCGCCGGCAAGGUUGCGUGCGGUGCAGAGCUGCUUCGGCGGCUCCGCCUGGCUUCGCCUGGCUCUGGGCGGACAGGGCGCCUGGCGCCGGCGGAUUAGGAGGUGGCAGCAGAGUUCAGCAACUUCCCUCCUACUGGACGUACCACCCGGCGAGGGCUAACGGAAAGCUCUAUGAACAAACGACGGGAGCCUCUCGUGACCCUGAGCGCGUGCGCGGGUGCUGCCGCUGCCGCUGCUGCUGGAGAUGAGAGGGAGUGGAUCAGGCUGCUCGGGGCCGCUGCUCGGGCGCACAGGAAUGGACCGCUGCUAGUCGGUUUGGCUGCAGCAUGACGGCGCCGCCACUGGUGGGUGAGGCCCUGGGCGAGGCCGGCGCGUCCGGCCCGCCCGCCGGGCUGCCCGACGUGGCCGGGCUCGGGGUGCGCGGCGCCCUCGGCUACCUGGUGGACUGCAACAACAUGACGGACGACGCCAGCCCCAUCAUCUGCAUGCCGAUGGUCUUCAACAGCACGGACUCGGAUGAACAGAUCGGACCCCUCAUGCAGAAGGUCGUCUCCAUCGUCGUGCCCCUCAUCUUCCUAGCCAUCGUGGUGGUCGGACUCAUCGGCAACGCCUACCGGACGGAGCGCAACGCCUCCAUCGCCAUCCUGGUCAUGUGGUGGAUCAUCCUGGUGAUCUCCAUCCCGGCCUACAUCCAGCACGGCGUCGUGCACUACAACUAUGACGAGACGGACAACUCGCACUGCAUCUUCUUGCAGGUGGACGACCACAUCCGGCCCGACGGCUACAGCGUCUUUACCUUUAGGAUCUGGUUCUUCGUGUUCGCAUACGUGCUGCCGCUCAUGGCCAUCGUGGGCCUGUACCUCUUCAUGCUGACGCGCCUGUGGCACGGCGUGGCGCCCGGCGGCCGCGUGUCGGCAGACAGCCGGCGCGGCAAGAAGCGCGUCACGCGCAUGGUGGUCGUCGUGGUCGCCAUCUUUGCCACCUGUUGGGCGCCCAUACAGGUCAUUCUGGUGCUCAAAAGCAUGGACCUGUACCUGAUCAACCAAUACACGCUCGUGCUGCAGAUCUUCAGCCAGGUGCUGGCCUACAUGAACUCGUGCGUCAACCCCAUCCUGUACGCCUUCCUGUCGGAGAACUUCCGCAAGGCCUUCUGGAAGGUGGUGUCGUGCGGCACGCCGCAGCAGCUGCCCGAGCAGCGCAACGGCCGCCUGCUGGCCGAGAAGUCGACGCGCACCACGGCCACCACGACGCGCGCCAACGGCUCCAGCCUCGACAUCUUGUGAGGGUCGGCCCCGGCCGGGGCGCAGCUGGCGCAGCAGCACCACGCCCCCGGCAACGGCGCCCACAUCACCGCCGAGGACUUUGUGUAGGCAGGCAGGAGGACCUUGAGCGGCGCGCGCGCGCCCCCACCUCGUGGACCUCGCCCCGCCGCGCCGCCCCGCCGCCCCGCCGCGCCGCGCCCCGCCGUGCGGUGUCCUUCGUGAGCCCCCGGACCGUCGCCCGGCCCCAGGACCCCCACGGGGGUCGCAUCCCCCCGCGGGUCCUCGGCCGGCGCGGCGCCCGCUGAAGGGACCGCCCCGCGGUGGCGGCGCCGCGGAGGGGUCUAUAGUAGCGCGAAGGGCGCGCGCCCACGACCGUCCAGCAGCUCAGUUUUGAAAAAGAAGAAUAAUAAUCCUGCCUUUGUGCACGCUCCGGCCGCGCCGCCGAGGCGCCCGCGCGAGAGUGGGCAAAAGCCCGACUACUUGUGGUUGUGGCGCGGGCUGGGCGGCGGUGGCGAUGGCGCCCCCCGGGAUAUACACACAGCGCUGCUGUCUUUCCUCCUCAUUCUUCCGACUUUCAUUUAGGCCCUGCCGAUAGCCAGCCCGGCCGCCUUUGUCUCGUGACGGCGCGGGGCCGGCCGGGCCGGGCGACAUUAACCGUGCCGGUGGCCUAGUGAGGGCGCCGCCUUUCAUUCCGCCAGAGGGCCAAAAAAAUAUAUGAAAGUAGGACGGAAUAAGACGGGGAUGGGAAAGAAAAAAAAAUAUACCGGGAGAAGUUUGGGUCUCUGCCGAGGCUUGUUGUGAUGAUGAUAAUGAGGCUGUCGCUGAUAUCGGCCCCAGACGCCACCAGAGAGGAGGAAAGACGAGUAGAAAUUAGAGAGAGAAAAAAGUGAAUUGUUCGCUCCAUUGUGUCGUUAUUGUGUCUAAUACGCCGUAUCGGUUUUGGAUAGAUGAUAUCUCUCACACACACCCUCAUUUCUCUACUACUUAUUUUUGUACCAUAAAAAUGUGUAAUAUAUGUGUAAUUAUUA